CUGACGGAGGCAAGAACUACUCAAAUUACUUGUUGAAUAGAAAAUAUCGAGUGCUAGUCUUUUUUUCAUUUCAGACUACCUGUGAAAAUAGAUUAAAUGAUUAUUGUAUUUCAAAAUACAAUAACAUUAAUGAUUGUUGUGCUUAUCUAGAUUACUCAUCAAUUUUUAGAAAAUUUACCUUUUUAAAAUAUUAAUGUUUCUAUGAGAGAUGGAUAAAUAUUGAAAUCACUACAAAAAUGCAUCAAAAAUUAUUAUUCAAUGAUAAUUUUCAAGUAAUGUUGGCUAUCAACGCAGAUUAAUAAGACUGGAUCACCACGACAAUAAAUACAAAUAGAACAGACAAUAAACUUUGCGAUCAGUAUUUAAUGCAGUUAAGACCAUGGUGUUAAAGAAAAAUUUGAAAAAUAGCUUCAAAAUUGCCGAAGAAAAGAGAAAACUAGAAACUGAAGUGCCACUUGCCGAAAAAAAUAAAAUAGAACAAUAUUCAAACAAACAAGAAAAUGAAGUAGAAAAUACAUUCAUGAACAUAGAUAAUGAUUACGAGGCACCAGAUGGUGGAUGGGGAUGGAUGGUCACCCUCGGGCUCAUUGUUGUUUUCGUAACAACCAUUGGGCCUAAUGCUUCAUUCACAGUUAUUUUUGGUGAUUUUUUUGAUUCAACGGGAGCAGCUGGUUCAGUUACUACAAUGUUGAAUUCAUUGUUCAAUGUAACAUAUUCUUUAGCUAGUUUAGUGACUAGUCCCCUUUUGAAGCAGUUCUCCAUGAGAACAGUAGGUGUAAUUGGCGCUAUGUUAUUUGCAGUACCGAAUGUUACCUUAGGGUACAUACGUCAUGUCAUAGAAAUGGCUGUGAUAUUUUUUUUCCAAGGCAUUGGUAUGGGACUACUAUUUACUAUAUGUAACACCAAUUUUAAUGCCUACUUUGAAAAAAAGAGAUCAAUGGUGAUGGGAGUGUCGCAAGCUAUCGUUGGUGCAGGUGGGAUUGUAUAUCCAAUAUUAAUUGAGUUUAUGAUGGAAGAAUAUGGAUUUAGAGGAACUUCACUAAUUAUAGGAGCAUUAAGUCUCAAUUGUAUUCCGGCUAUGGCACUAAUGAAGCCACCUGCGAUUUGGAAGGCUAAAAUUCGUGCUAGAAAAUCAACAAAGGAAAAUACACUAGCAGAGGAACGAGAAGAACUGCUGUCUACAGCGAACUCUCAGCCGAAACCCCGUGAAGUAGAUGUCCUUAAGAAAAAUGAAAAAUGGAAUAGUACGAGGAGUUUGCAAGAAGAGAAGAGAAUUGAUGUUCCGGAACUGAUGUCUGAAGUAAGAGUUGCUUCAGUCUCGGACGUAGAAAAAGGAGUUCAAAGGGGUCGUAGCAUGUCUUUAUUACCAAUUGGUCGACCAAAUUGGAGCAAGACGCGAAAGAAUUCUUUAUUGGCUAGUUUCACUCCAUCAAGUUUGACAAACAUUCGAGUGCUGCCCGGUAGCGAAAGCUUGAACCAAGCGGUUCUACAAUUUGGAGUACCUAGAAUGGCUAUUAACGAAGACGACAGGGAUAGUGAACCAAGAGAAGCCGUCGGAAUUCGGAAAAAGGUGGAAAAUUCAAAAACUAAAAGGCGUAUACUAGAUAGUUUAAUUGAUUUUUCUCUACUUAAAAAUCGCUCUUUCUUGAAUGCAUGCCUAGGACUAAGUUUCGUAUCUACUAGUGACUUCACAUUCUUAGGAUUUCUACCGAUGAUGAUGUCUCGAAAUGGGUUCACAAAAGCCGACGCCGCUCUAGCAAUAACUGUAUCUGCUAGUGCUGAGUUAAUAUCGCGCAUUUGUUUAGCAGUAUUUACUAUUUUUGUUGAUGUUAGACCAAAAGUAAUCUAUUUCGGAGCAAUGAUUCUUAUGACUUUUGCUAAAGCUGGCUAUCUCUAUCUAGAGGACACGCUGACGGGUACAAUAAGCAUGGUCGUAGUAAUAGGCUUCACACGCUCGUGGUUACUCGUGCCCCAGCCACUUGUUGUCGUGGAAGACAUCGGAGUCGACCAGAUUGCCGCCGCUUACGGCGUCUACGGUAUUGUUAGUGGCGUUAUAUCUGUCAUAUUGGGUCCCUUUGCCGGUUUCAUAAAAGACUGGACUGAUAGUUUCACUGUGUGCCAAGUUGUACUUCUGGUAAUGAAUGCAUUAUUUAUUGUGCCGUGGGGAAUGGAAUUAGCAAUGGAUAGAAGAAACAUUCUAAAUAAUAAUCACUCGUGAUGUGUCUUACGUAAUG